AUGUCGAGAUACGGCUGGUCUAUUGGCCGCGAACAGAUUUCGCCCUACAGUUCUAUGCCCAGCGGCGUCCCCGCUGUCACCGACGACGAUUUUAGCUACAUCACCUCUCAAGAUCUUGAUGGCGUCACCGAGGACCGAUACUAUCCCAGAUCUCAUUCGACAGCACCCCCAGCAAUCGAAGACGAUGUCCUCCUAAUCAAGAAUCGCGGCAUCACAUAUCCUGCUCACUUCCCCGCCUAUGCGAUCGGGGAUGGAAAGCUGCGAGUGAUAGAUGUCAAGGACCGGGUUGGAUUGAUGAUGGAGCUCCCUGAGCGCGGAACUUCACGCAUCAAGCUUCUUUACAAGGGAAAGCAACUCAAGGAUCCCAUGGCGCCAGUCCGCGAUUAUGGUGUUAAGAACAACAGCGAAUUGAUGGCCGUUAUGCCCGAGAUGGAGGAUGCAGCCAGCAGUGGCUCGGAGGAAGAAAUGGUCAUCGUUGAUGCUCCCCGGGAAGACAGGAAAACACGUCGCCGCAAGAACAAGCGCAGCAAGAAGAAGGGCAUCACCAGUGACGGUGAUUCUCUGUCAGGCAGCCCCCGCGACAGUGCUUCCACCUUCGAUCACCCAAGAUCACCUCCGGCGCCGCCUACAUCUACAGGAGCCGCCAGCGGACCCAUGAAGGUUCUGGAUGAUCUCGCUGUUGAGUUCCAGAUCAAGUGGCUGCCAUUGUGUUCCGACUACAUCGAAUCCCCACCUUCCGAUCCUAAGAAGCGUGAGGAAGAUCACCGCAAAUUAUCUGAAAGUAUUAUGAUGCAUAUUAUGUUGAAGCUGGACGGCGUUGAGGCUGAAGGAAUGCCCGAGGUCAGAGCGCGAAGAAAGGACUUGGUCAAGCAGGUUCAAAAGACAUUGAAGGAUCUGGAUACUGCAAAGGAGUCUUGA